AUGAGCACCUGGAUGAACGACGCCGUCCCUAACCACAAUGGCAACGGUUUUCCUCAUAUGAACGAUCCUAAUUCUGUCAGUUCCAUGAUGGACCCCUCUGCAUUUAUGGCCAAUUCUGGCCAAUUCAAUCCUGCUCAGUUUCAGAACCAGCAACAAAUGGGCGCCGCCAUGCCUAAUGGCCCAGGUUCAAUGCGCAAUGCCUCACCUUCCUUCCAGAAUUCUGUAUAUCAAACCAAUUCCGUCAUUCCAUCGAAACGUCCACGCCCUCGUGACGAAAGUCUCGCUGGCUCUCCUAGUCAAAAUCCCGGAAUGCUUCCGACGUCGCGCUCCGAGACACCGCAACAGCAAUCAUUUGCGGGCGGCUUUCAGCCUGGCGCGGUUCAGCAAAACCCCGGUCAAUUCUCCCAUCUUCAAGCAAACGGCUCCGCCAACGCAAGUCCUUCGCCGAUUAUGAGUAGCCAAAUGCGACCAGGAAGUGUUCCUCAGCGAGUUGCGACCGCAUCGCCGCAUCCUUUUUCGCCUAGUGGCCAGCAAUUCAAUCCUCAGACAUCGCCGAUACCUUCCGAACAUGGCACUCCACAGCCAAACCAUUACAUGCAGAAUAUGGCGCAAGGAUUCAACCCGAACUUUGCUGCAUCUCCUUCGAACGCUCGACCUUCACCGAACCCGAACGCGAUGGCUGGCAACCAAAUGAUGACCCAGCAGAUGGGUCAAAUGCCACAGCAUAUGGGUCAGAUGCAGGGCAACAUGUAUCCUCCUCAGAUGCAGCAAUCUCAACAGCAGCAAGGAACGCCACAGCAGCAACAAGGCCAGCAGCCGCCGGGGCAACAAACCCCCCAACGCCAAGGACUGACCGACCAGCAGAAGAUGGCUGCCUAUCAGAUGAGGUUGCAGCAACAGCUUCAAGGCAACACUGUCCAAAUGCAAGCACAAAUGCAGGCGCAAAAUAUGGGCCGUGGUAUGAUGCCUAACAAGCAGGUACCUGGGAUGCCCAAUGGCCAAAUGCAGCAGGGAGGCAUGCGUCCUCAGCAGAGGAUGAUGGCCAACGUGAAUCCCGAACAGUUCAUGAAGAAUCUCACAACUCUGAUGAACUCGAAGGGCUUGCCUUUAGACCCAAACCCAAUGGUUAUGGACCGACCAGUUAACCUAAUGUUGCUAUUUCAAGCUGUCCAGAACAAAGGAGGUUAUAAGCAGGCCACUACAACUCCAAAUGGCUGGCCGCAUGUGGCUCAGAUGCUUGGACUACAAGUUCAGAACCCUGUAGUACCGCAAGCGUUAAGGACGAUCUAUGAACGCAACCUCUAUAAGUUUGAAGAAGUGUGGCUCGCCCAACAACAGAAGCAGAGACUGAUGCAGCAGCAGCAAGCGCAGCAGCAGCAACAGCAGCAGCAGCAACAGCAACAGCAGCCCCAACAAUCACAACCACAACAGCCUCAAUCUCAAGGCACACUUAUGGGACAGGCCACACCACAAAAGCAGAUGCAACCCGGGCAGCAAAUGAAUCAAGGCGCGAUGCCCCAACUCGGGCAGCAGCCUCAGAUGCAGCAGCAAACUCCCAUGAAGCAAAUGACGCCCGGCCAACCUCCAGUUAAUGGAUUUUCAACGCCGCAGUCUCAGAUGCAGCCACAACCCGUGACGAUGUCAGGCCAGACCCCUCGCACCUUGUCGCAGUCUAUGGAAGGCUCUGCUGUGCCAGAUUUCUCCAGUGCCCAAUCUCCUGCAGCCCGAAGAGCAGGAAGCAUGUCGCAGAGUGAGGGACGACAGGCCUCAGUGGCUCCUACCGCAGUCGCAGAAAAAAUGCCCCGAUUGGCUCCGCAAUCCGAUGAGUAUAGUCCAUGUGCUCGGGAGCUUUCCACGUUUGGAGGUGUUGAUCUAAAUGCCCUUAGCAAAUUGGGCACAGAGUUGGAGCGGUGGAAACCAGACGUGCCUCCUUUACAUGAACUUGGCAAUAUCGACAUCGCCGCUCUCACCAAGAGUUUGCAGAGUGGAAUUCACGGAGAGACACGCCUGGCCCUUGACGUAUUGGCAGCUGCAUCGUGCUCCAUGAACCAGCUGCACUUCAUCCAACUUCGAUACUGUGAUGAGUUGAUAGAGGCUCUAAUCGAGUGUGCUGAGGAUCAGGUGGAGAUGUUGGCCGAGCAUACUGUUGAGGUUUCUGACGAGAUUCAGUUAUCACCUUAUGAAGACGUUCUGAGAGCUUGUCGCUUAGAGCGGUUCAACAUUCGCGAUUUGCCCGUUUUCGGCACUCAAGAAUAUGAGUUAGAACGAGCUGUCGAUCGAUUAAUAUGUGUAACGACAAUCUUGCGCAAUUUAUCGUUCCCUGGCGAGGCAAACGAGAAUCAUUCUGUUCUUGCAGAUGAGAUUGUUAUCAAGUUUCUUUGCGUUGUCAUCAGAUAUCUCGGCACGCGGAUGAUGCUUCUAAGAUCCCAGAAUAAUACGUUGGACUUUAUGAAGGAUGUUGUUAUUCUGCUUUCUAACAUCGCUGGCACAAUAGAGAUUCCAGGACGAGAGCAGGCCCUUUGCCUUCUACAAUUCCUCCUAGCAUUCGCGCCGGCGCCUAAUCCCACAGUCUCGGACGGAACUCUCUUCUUCUCGCAAUACGAGCCAAGCCUGCACGCUUACCUGCCCCAUGCUGUUGAUGCCCUAGCAAAGUUACUGGCACGCGAUGAGCCUAAUCGAACACACUACAAAACUGUCUUUGCCCUUGAUUCUGCUAGCAGCCCCCCUUACGAGUUGCUUACACGGGCCUUUGGAUUGGCUAUAGCCCCUAUUCCGGACAAGGCGAAGUCACAAAUACGUCAGCCCAACUUGCCAUCUCUUGUCGAGGUCCGCAAGCCUUUCUUAAUGCAAGGACUGCUUGCGGCCGAGAUAUUGGCGUCACUCGCCCCAGGUUACGAUAGUGGGGUUGCACAAACCUGGCUCUCGUCUGGCAAUGAUUUUGCCCAGAACCUCUUCAGGCUUAUCCGCGACCUGAGUCACCUAUACGAGCAGCCCCAAGCUCAAGGACCUCGGGCAGGCCCACGAAAAGACCCAGAGUUGGUUUAUAUCGUUGUUGUAGCGGUGGCACUCUUAAGGAGAUUAGCCGAGAAGGCUAGAGACGUCAACGAUCCUACAUCGUCGAUACCAGCUAAAGCCAUGCCGGCACCUCAUGCUCUUCUGGAGGCUUUGUCUAUGCAAUCUGCAGAGUGGUCAAAGGAAGAGGUGUUACAGAAACUCUCCACCUUCUUUGCCCUUGGGAGAUAA